CGAACAUCACACACGAGCAGUAGUAGUCAACCCACCACGUGGAUAGUGCGCACAUCCAACGCGCCGCGCUCCUCACUGUCAGAUUAACACGCCUUUCAAUAGCUGUGGCGAGGAAGCACGUAACUCUAGCACAGUGAGAUCAAAGCGCAGACUUACUGAGUGCUGAUCUACUGAAGGAAGUGUUACGGUGCCGUUGCUGUUUCCUCCUCAACUUUACGUCUCUACAAGAUGAAGAUGAAGGCACACUUAAUUAUCAGGCUGGCGGUGGCGGCGGCAGCGUGCUUGGCGUGGGGCGGGCGUGCGAGCGCCACGGAUAUGGCGCGGCGCCUAUGGUCUGACGGCCGGCUGGUGACAUCCUCCACGCUGGAGUGGAUCACGGCGCGGGGCGGCAAGGUGCCGCGCCACGCGCUGCCCGUAGACCAGCAGGACGUGGAGGGGGUAUACUGGUGCCGCGCCAGGUACCGCGGCUCGCAGUUGGCGGGCGCGGCGCGGCCUGACGGGCCCUGCAUGGUGCCCUUCCUCACCAAGCUUCGCAAGAUCAACAAGUUCGACUUCCUCGUCUCGGUGAACGGCUCGGCGCGCGUGACCUUCAAGCCAUGGGACAAGUUCACCGUGAAGCCGGACGGAGCGGUGCUCACGCCCAACAAGAUGCUGGUGCUGGCGUCCGCUGACGGGCGGCCAGCCGAGCCCAGGAUGCCUGGCCACCUGGGGCUGCUUUACUCCGAUCGUGAGGCCACCCUGGUGGACGGGGAGGGCGUGAAGACCACGAGCGAAGCUCUGGUGAUGGUGGAGGUGGAGCCCACGCAGUACUCGCUGCAGGACGUGGUGCUAGAGGGCAAGCGCGGCAGGACCAAGACCACGCCCGUGAUCCUCGCCGACGUGAUCCUCGAGAACCCUGGCGAGGAGGAGGAGGAGGUGGGCAGGCUGCAGACCUACGUAAUGGAGGAGGAGCACUACUGGGGGCAGGUGAAGGGCACCGUGACGGCGCUCCCCACCUCCAUCAGCAGCCCGCAGGACCCGCCCCUGGCCAUGCCCUUCAGCAGCGACCACCCAUUCGCCUACAAGUGGGGCAUCGCCAUGGUGAAGGACCACGUGGACAGCCUAAACCUGACGGAGCAGCUGCCGGCGGGCGUGGGCGUGGAGGUGGAGAUCAACGGCAUCAUGCGGGACUACGAGGCGCCCUACAGUGCCACGCUCAUCUCCCACUACAACGACGGCGAGACGCGGGAGCGGCGCAUCGAGUCCCUGCACACCCACAAGGCACUGCAGGCCGUGAGCGUCUCCUACAGCCGCUACUACAACCUCACCACCGGGGAGACACUGGACCUGUCGCCUCGCACACAGACCAUCUUCGAGCUCACCACCACCACCACCACUACCACCACGACCACAACCACCACGACUACGACAACCACCACAACGACCACCACCACCACGGAAGCGCCCACCACCACCCCGCAGACAGAGGCCAACACGGAGAUCGUCACGGAGCUGCCCACGGAGAUCAACAACGAGGUGACGCAGCUGGAGUCCAAGUCUCUCUCCAAGGACGCUGACUCUGAGCCUUUCCAGAGGACCCGCGACGACAAGAGCGGCAGCCAGACACUCGCCUCGACCACAGACCGCAUCAUCUCCGCCUUCGCCUCUCUUUACGCCACUCUUAUUUUCCGUUACUACGCCUCCCUUUGAACCCCUCCUUUCCAGCCCUCCACAGCCCUAUCCCCCUCCCAAACCGCGCUUUCCCUCAAGUCGCUGAGGUUGAGGAAGCGUCACUGCUGAAGGAAGAACUGAAACAACAACAGCAACAUUCAGUCUGUCAGUCAGUCAGUUUUGGCAGGACAAAGCAACGCCGUGUCAGGAAUUAUGUUGUGAGGAAUGAAGCAAUGGAAGCAGAAUAGUGUGAAGCAACAAUACAGAGAGAGAGAGAGAGAGAGAGAGAGAGAGAGAGAGAGAGAGAGAGAGAGAGAGAGAGAGAGAGAGAGAGAGAGAGA